AUGUCACCACGCCUGCUUUCCAUCUCCUCGUCCACCGUCUUGCGCUCCUGGACACGGUCAAAUAAAACGACGCCGCCCGUCAUUCGUCCUUCUCGUUCCUCGUACACCUCGACGACGUCCUUGCGAGCCAAAGCGCCCGACAGCACACCGGGUUGGGAAGGUCGACCGAUAGAAGACCACGCCGUCCACAGGUCCCCUCACGACCCCCAGGCCGAGGGGGCGAAACAAGGCAUGAAGGACCACGAGGAACUCAAGGAGGGGAGCCAGGCCAUCUCGAGGCGCGACGAGGAUCAGUCGAACAAAAAGGCCAAACGGGACCACCCCGAAGCGCCGGAACCGGUGAUUGGGAUGAACGAGGAGAGGGGGUCGAAGGGACACUGA